CUCGCGCUGUUUCUUCAGUCGUCUUCGACUCGAGCUUGCGCGCCAGAGCUGAACGCAGCGGAGAUAGCAGGCACGUCCUCGCGCUCAAGCUAACUCGCUCUCGGCUCUAGGCUCAUCAUCAUCCGAGAUGGAACCUCGCGCAGCUCUUCGGCGAUCUCGCGCCUCCAGUGCGCUCAGCUUCAAAAGUGGUCUCACUCUGUGGCUGGUGGUCUGGCUGUUGGCAUGUCAUGUAGCUCCAGGCCGUGCAUGUCCGAAGCUCUGUGUGUGUUACCACACUCCAAUGACUGUGAGCUGUCAGUCGCAGAACUUUACCAUCGUUCCGGUUGGAGUGCCCUACGAAUCCCAGCGAGUCUUCUUGCAGAACAACCGCAUCACUGAGCUCAGGGCUGACUCCUUCGGCUUUGAGACACAGGUCCUGUGGCUGUAUUCCAACAACAUCACAUGGAUUGAGGCAGGGGCAUUCAGUAACCUGCGUGUGCUGGAAGAGCUUGACCUGGGUGACAACCCGUCACUGCGUCGGCUGGAUGGCGGUGCCUUCCGCGGUCUGGAGCGUCUGCAGAGCCUCCACAUGCACCGUUGCGGCCUGACCGAGCUACCAGCCGACCUUUUCCUCAAACUCUACAGCCUUCAGUUCCUCUACCUGCAAGAAAACCAGCUGGGUCACCUGCCUGAUGGGCUCUUCUCUGACCUGGUCAACCUCACACACCUCUUCCUGCAUGGCAAUCGAAUUCGCGUGAUUUCUGAGAACGCCUUCCGAGGCCUGGUCAACUUGGAUCGCCUUCUGGUGCAUGACAAUCGCAUCCGGCAGGUGCACAGACGGGCGUUCCGGGACUUGGGCCGCCUCACCAUCCUCUACCUGUUCGACAACCAGCUACGGGAGCUGCCUGGCCAGACUCUGCGGGACACAUCAGGGGUGCAGUUCCUGCGCCUCAACGGUAACCCUUGGGGUUGCGGCUGCGAGGCCCGCUCACUCUGGGAGUUCUACCGGGGUGCACGGGUGUCCAGCUCCGAGGUGAUCUGCACCUCUCCGGCGCAGCGCAAGGGCCAGGAUCUGCGCUUCCUGCGUGAGCUUGAUUUCGCCCUGUGCCCACUGCCUGACCCAGGCUCACUGUCCGGCACCACCACCACCACCUUCAGCACCAAGACCCGCUGGUGGUUCAACAAAGGCAAACCAGCUGCCUCGUCCAAGGGCGCCUUCUACAAGAGUGGCGAGCCAGUCAAGGCAUUCCCGUUUGCGUCGGCCAAGAAUGUCCAUCCCGUAGCAGCUGCAGCAGCAGCGGCAGCAUCGAACCUCGCCUCCAAGUACGAGCCGGCAGCAGAGGAGGUUGCCCUGCCAAAGUUGGAGCCAGAGGAAUACUGGGCCAACUACGGCAGUGAGGAUGCAACCUUAGUCCGCUGCUUCGAGCUUGAAUGUCCUGAGGCUGAUGAUUCGACGGCCCUCUCUUCCUCCUCCUCCUCCUCCUCAUCCUUCUCUUCCUCUUCAUUUCUUUCUCUCCUCUCUCUCUACGUGCUAGCCCUCUCCCUUCACUUGCUCUUUGGCUGAGUGCAGCUGUCUGAGCUACUUUCUUCUCUUCUUUCACCCUUUUUCAAGUGCUUGGGCCCCUUAAAGAUUUAACGGGGCCUGAUAACAAAGGGCACAUGACAGCUGUAGCAGCCUGGGGAGAGAUAAAGCUGAUACAGACAUACACAUAAACACACACAUAUAGGCAUAUGUAUAGACACAUGCCUACACAUAUACAUACAGACAAAUGCUGUAUCCAGUCUAAUUGCAAGGCAGUGCUAGGAGUUAGAUUGGCCUGUUGCUUGCAUUGGGUGGAAUAAAAGUCCCAGGGUGCUUUGCAGCCCCACUUAGGGCCAUUCUACUCUUUCUGCACCCAGCAAGAAAAAAACAAAGGGUAAACAGGCAUAUAUGAAUCAAUGGUGCUAGACAGAACAAGAGAUGGACUUAAAGAGAAAUUGAAGGCAGUAGUACAAAGGUAAAGAUGUCAGAAAAGAUUAAAGAAAAAGAUGGCUACUCUCUGUUCUGUGGUCUCCUCAAAGAUGUGUCAUUCAAAAGCCAUCACAAGGGACCAUGUAAAUAACUCAUGAUCCACUUACAUGUAUAUAGGCAUACAACAUACUCACACAAAUGCUUUGGCAUCAAAACAGCAUCAUAACAAUUGGGUGUGUGUCAUGGUGUGUGGCCUGUGCUUAGCUAGACUACAGCAGCAGAUUUAGUUAUUGAAUUAGAUUCAGUAUGAAUGAAGCUGUAAUAGAAGAGCACUCUGAGAGUGUAAAGAAGGACUCUGUGUUGUCUGCCUGCACUUGUUUCAGGGGAUUUGAGUUGCAGUGUGUGUUCACUCUGGAGCUUAUGUAAACUGCAUCACUAGCGUGGGUGAAUGAUUAAGUGUGUGUGUGGUUGAUUCUGGGCUUUCACUGUGCGCUCAGCGAUUCGGCCUAUAGAACUCAGGAAUGAGAGAUGUGCUCCUGAGUUCACCAUAAAAGGAGAUGUUCUGUUGUACACAGUGGAAAGUGAACUCUGCUUUUGUCCCCAUGCUGUAAAUAAAGCAAUAAACAUUAUUUCUAUUACAAACUAAA